AUGUGCACGCAGCACGAGAGCUUCCACUUCGAUGCGAGCGCAGCCGUUCCCAAGAAGGUGAUCCAGGAGGUGGUGGAGGCUCUUCGCAGCGUGCCGUCCUCGGCCAACACGCAGCCCUGGACCAUCGUCGUGGUCCAAGGGGAGAAGCGCAACCAGCUGGCAAAGAAACUCUUGGAACAGUUCGAUGCAGGUGAGAUGGGAGCAGCCGAGUAUGAGCAGCUGCCCAAGACCAUGAUCCCACGGAUGUCGAAGGCGGUGGAGCUCUUUGAGAAGGAAUACUUCGAGCAUUUGGGAAUCAGUGCGGACCAGAGGUCCAAGUUCCGAAGCAACUUCGAGUUUUGGUCCGCCCCCUUGCACCUGGCGGUCUGCGCGCCCAGCGGGCCAUGUUUGAAGGAGGACCCGCCGGUGGAUGGAGUCUUCCUGGAUAUGGGCUCGGCCAUCACCGCCCUCUCCAUGUGCGCGCACGACCGGGGCUUAGCCGUGCAUUGCCACUGGCAGUUGGCACGGUUCGGCUCGGUCUACCGGGAGGUCUUGGGCAGUGACCUGCCAGAGGACCACUUCGUGGUCGCAGGCCUCAGCUUGGGCUUUCCCAUCGGCAGUCGCGCGGUGCAGACGUCGCCCGAGUUCCUGCCCACGCGGCUCACGGUGGAUGAGACCACACGUUGGCUCAACUGCGAUGCUGCUUGGCUUGCGGAGUCCAAGGUGGAGGUCGAAGCUUCGUCCCACGGAUUGAUGCACCUGGUGCAGUCGCGGCAUUGCUCGCACACCCUCGAGACGGGCCGAGCGGUGCCCAAGGAGCUGCUUCGCGAUGUGCUCUCGGCCGCGAGGAACGUGUUCUCGAUCGGCGGUGCACAACCUUGGUCCGUGACGGUGAUCCAGGGCGCUGCCCGAGAUCGGCUGUCUGAGGCCAUGUUGGCCUACUUCGACGCAGGCAACAACGGAGCUCAGACCUACAAAAAGUACAGCACCCAAAACACCGAGCGGAUGCAGAAAGGCAAGGACAUGUAUGGCUUCGAGCUCUACGAGCAACGCCACGGCUUGCAGCGCGACGAUGCCGAGGGACGCCGCGCCAAGUACCGACCCAACUACCAGUUUUGGGGUGCUCCGGUUCUAUUGCUUUUGAACGCUCCGAAAACUUCCUCCGCUGGCACCUUCAUCGACGUCGGCUCCUACAUGUACGCCAUCCUGGUGGCCAUGCACGCGUACGGGCUGGGUGGAAAGCCCUUGGGCUCCGUGGCCAAGUUCACGGAGCUUUGCCGCGAGGUCUUGGGCCCCGAAGCCAUGCCGGAGGACGAACAUUUGGUUUGCGGCAUUUGCAUCGGCUGGCCCAGCGAGGGCCGUGAUCCUCGGGAGACUCCAGACUGGUUCCCCAGCCGCUUGAGCAGUGAUGAGACCACGCGCUGGGCGGUGGACGCGGACUGGGCCUAG